AUGCAUUUUAGGAUGAACCAAUUAGUUCAGGAUGGUCACCCCCUCUGGCCCAGGAGACCACUACAGACACUGAGGGCCCAGGGAGAGAGCCUGCUGCGGGGCCACAUCACACAGCACGAGCCCCUGCGGUACGUGACCGCCUCUGUGGUCUACCCGCUCUUCUUCGUCCGAUCUGAGUGCCCCUAUGCCGGUUGCGAUGUCCGAAACUUCCGCAUCGCUGUGACCGUCUGCUCCAUCCUGGGUACUCUGGCCUACGGUGCUGAGGUGGCCUUGUGCCGAGCCAGGCCAGGCCAAAUUGUAGUGGGCUACAUGUCCACUGUCUCUGGCCUCCUCAAAGUCGUUCAGGGCUUUGUGGCCUGCAUCAUCUUUGGAGCUCUGGCCAAUGGGAGCGAGUAUAACCGUUAUGCCGCCACAAUAUUCUGCGUUGCCGCCUACGCUUUCUGCUUUGCUGUGACUGCAGUGGUGGUCUUCAUAACUGUGUGCGGACGUACAAAGGCUGUGCGCUGCAUGCCCUUUGACCGCUUCGUGGUGGUGUGCACCCUCCUGGAAGUUCUGCUCUACCUGAGUGCAUCAGUGGUGUGGCCAGUGUUCUGCUUUGACACAAAAUACGGCUCUCCAUGGAGACCGUCAUCGUGCCCUCAGGGGAAGUGUCCAUGGGACAGCAAGGUUGUGGUGACGGUGUUCUCCUUUGUCAACUUUGGACUGUAUUUGGCAGACCUGAUUUACUCCCAGAGGCUACAAUUUGUCUCCUCGCGUGUGCCCACUAACUCACGAGUGUAGCAGCAUAUAGAAGCAUAUUAUUAUUAUAAUGGCUUAACAGGUUUAAGUUAUUAAUCUACUUCACUGUUCAUGAUUAUCUUCAUGCAUUUAUUUGAUAUUUAAAGUGACAGGAAACACUGAUGUGGAGAGAUGGUUGUGAGUCAGAUAUCCCAGGUGCCCAGGCACCCCAAAUUCAAUGUGAAAGCACUGUGGAAUGUGAACAAUUUUAACACUCUGUCCCCUCUGCCACACCCCACUGAGGUGACACCCCAUCUCUUUAACUCACCCUUUCUGCCCUCUGAUAGAUUUUGGGAGAACAGCCAGCCUCACCCAAGCAGCCAGGGCCCACUGGUAUGUCCUGCCAAUUCCUGAUAAACCAAGACACUCACACUAUUCUUGACCUACAGCACAACACACUCACACAGACACACACACACUCACAUACUCGCUGCUUAUAUUGCUGCUCAAAUAAUACAUAAAGUCUUGUAUAUAAAUAGUAAAUCUGGCAUUGGCAUCUGUGGCAUCCCUGUCAUCUGCAAGCCCCUCACCAGCGAUCUACGGACAUUACCCCGGCUGCCAAAAAUAAACACGAGCUGUCUGCGCUCAUAUUAAAGCAGUGAGACAGCAUUUAUAAGAGGCUGUAGUCUUUAAAGCUCUCUAUGAAAUGCUUCCUUCAGUCUAUGAUAAAAAAAAAGUAGAGUCCAUUUCCCGAAGUCCAAUGUUAAGAUGACCUGCAGUUUGACUACCACGUUAUUCAUAAUUGCGCAAUCUGAACAUGUGUCAGUGUGACCGAGGAAUGUUUGCACAUUAACACAGAGGAUGAAAAGUGACCUAACAUGUCCUAAACAGCAGGUCAAAUGCAAAAAACGAACAAACAUCUAUUUCCAUUUUACUACAGAUACACUGGCAGGAACAGAUGAUUACUGUGGUUAGAUUUUCUAAUAAUAUAAAACUACUCAGAGAUAGUUUGACAUAAACUUAAAGCUAAUCAAGAUUUUUAUAUUCACAAUACAUCAAAUGAUUCUUUAUAGAUGAGAGGUUUUGCUAAUAGUGACAAACAUACAGAUACUAAUUUUUACCAACUCAGCUCUACAGAGCAUUUUAGCAUCUUUCAGCUCCUUGUUUUGGUUUUACAGCCUGUAACUUUAUUGUUUUGAUUCACUCUUCCUGCUCUCAUGGCGUUGUUUUCAGCCACAUUGGGCAGCAGCGUGAUAAAGCUCUAAAAACCUACUAUAGUCUACCUUUCAAGCACCAAACAGAACACAGACACCGUUAGCAGCUAGUAGAUAAACACAGUGGAGCAUUUAGCAGCUAAAGAGACAUACUGUAUAUUUCCUUAAGGAAUGGGUGGAGACCAAAAACAGAGCUAAAAGAGAGUGAAUAUUGAACUAAGAGUGGUCUGUUGAUCAGAAACACAACUCCAAAUGAAUGCAUAUAUUGCUCCUUAUCUGCUGGAUGUGCAAAUAGGCAACUGUUUGCUAAAACGUUCGCACAGCCUGUUCCCAUUUCCAACUCAUCAAAUACUGCUGCUUUGUCAGCGAUAGCGGCAUCAUAUACCAAAGCACAGAGGCACCUUUCGCGGCAGUAUGAUAUGCAGCAAGCACCACCAAACUCGUCACAUGCCACUGCUUUGUCAGUGGAUGCCAGGUGCUGAGGGGGUCAAACAAACUCUUGUGUUUCACCCUGGAGGCUUCUGUUUGUUUCCCUUGUAAUACCAAAUGUAUUUAGUUAUUUUGUCAAUAACAAAGUAGUGUGUUAGUAUGUUAAGCAUGUUACAGUAGUGAUGAAUGUCACAUGACAUGUCACGUGAUGUUGCAUUACAUAGGUGACAACCAUGAUGUAUUUUUAAGGAAAUAAACCUAAACCUUACCUAUGUUGUAAGUUUAUUUUGAAAAUGCCUGUAUGCAUGUAACAAGCAGAAAAUUUAGAUGUCCUGUGAAAUCCAAAGUAUAUUUUGAAAAGAACACAAUGAAUGUAACAAGCGUAAAUUGACAUUCUGACCCAGAGCAUCCAAAACUGAUGCAGGAGGGUACGUAGUACGUAAUAUUUUGACAUUUAGGUCCUCUGACAAAGCAGCAUUAUUUGAUUAGUUGGGAUGAGAACAUGUUGUUUGUAGGGCUGCCACUCACGAUUAUUUUCAUUGUCGACUAAUCUGUCGAUUAUUUCUUUGAUUAGUUGACUAAUCAUUUCAUCGAAAAAUGUGUUAAAAUGUUGAAAAAUGUCGGUCUGUCUCGCUCAAACCCCAAAAUUACGUCAUCUAAUGUCUUGUUUCGUACUCACGUCAAAGGGUUUUAGUUCACUGUCACGGGAGAGUGUGUAAAGCUGCUAAUAUCUGAACGUAAGAAGCUGCAGUAAGAGUAUUUUGGGGUACUUUUAUAGUACUUUUCUAUGAAAAAUGACUCAAACCGAUUAGUCGACUACUAAAAUAGUCACCGAUUAUUUUAAUAGUCGAUUAGUCAUCGAUUAGUCGACUAAUUGUGGCAGCCCUAGUUGUUUGCCACAUCAACUUUAUAAUGUGAUAUGUCAAUGUUGUGUUUACAGCUUGUUGUGCUGCCCCCAAGUGGCCAAAUCAGUCAAUGCAUGUUUAGAUAUAACUAUGCAACCACAUAAAAUAAUUUUACAUGAUAAAAUAAAGACCUACAGUCCAAAAGCCAUCUGUAAUACAGCUCUGUCUGUCUUUUGUCUUCGAUUUACGCAUGUGUUUUUCAUCUGUUGUAACUCUAUGUAAUCACAUUGAUAAAAUUCCUGAAAGUUCCAACAUUUUGGGGAGGUAUGUAACAUAAUGAAGACUUUGUUGCUUAGGCUGUGGCUUAAAAUAAUGAAUUAAGAUCAUUUGUGUUAUGCUCAAGUUUUAAGGGACAGUUCACACCCAA